CCUAGAUCAUAUUUUAGUGUUCCUAAUGUUUUAAGGUAUAAAAUGGUCUGCCAUAAGAUACAUUAAUAAUAAACAUUAAUAAUCCAAAUAUGAAUUUCGGUAUGGAUGGAAAUGUCAUUUCACCGUCAUCUUGUUCCUCUUCGUCAUCAUCAACUGCGUCUUCUUCUCCUGUUAUGAUACGAGGAGAUGGAUUACCACCAUAUGGAUCUAACGCUAUGAACGCUUCUGCGCGAUUACCUACCGAUGACGAAUUGAGAUUUGAGGGUGUAGAAAUCCUAAUACAAAGGUUACGAGCCUGUGAAUCUGAACAUAAAAAACUUCUAUCAGAUCGUGGUCGGGUUAUGAAAGACGUAAAUCGGCGAUUACAGGUUCAUCUUUUAGAAGUUCGUAGUUUAAGAGACAUUAAUCAAAAACUUCAGCAAGAAAAAGAAAGAUUAACUACAGAAAAAGAUGAACUAGGUGGAAUGUGUUGCUUCCUUGAUGAUGAUCGAGACAAAGCAAAGAAAAUGGCCAGAGAAUGGCAAGUUUUCGGACGUUACGCAACUGGAGUUUUACAAAAAGAACUUUCUCAAUGUCACGGUAAAAUCAGGGAUUUAGAACAAAAACAACAAACAUUAUUAUCUGAGAAUCGAAAUCUUAAAGAAUUAUGUUUGCUUCUCGAUCAAGAACAAGCCGGAAGCAGGACUUCUAUUGAUAGUCAGAGUAGUUUUCACGGACCUGUGCCUGGAUUACUUGGUGUCGCUGGCACAAGGGAUUCUGGCGAUGGAAGUAGUAAUGGUUCAACUGCAAGUAAUUCAAGUCCUGAUCACAGGUUACCAACAAAUAUUCUCCAGAGAGAGACUAAUUUAGAGGGCAAAGAAAGUUAUGUUCGUUAUUUGGAAAACAAGGUACGACAUUUAGAAGAUGAAGUUAAAGGAAGAUUAAAAAAGGCACCACCCACUGUAUCUAACCAUCCUCACGGAAUCUUCAACAAUAUGUCUCCUGGUAAAGUACCGUUAGAAAGAAGAAUGAAUCCUCAAUCUGCCUCACCUAUAAUACAUUCGCAUUCAUCUUCAAACAUAUCACCUGCUCAUUCUGCAUUAUCUCAUUUAUCAAAUUCUUCAUCAUCUCUCAGCGGAGGCGGGAGUACAUUAAUGAGUGCUACUGCUGGUCGGCUAUCUGGGAGUGAAACAACGUUGAAUGGUGCUCAGUCAUCUUCACAAAAAUCAGAUCCUCUUGUCUAUGCUAUGAAGGUGUUAGAACUUCACGAUCAACUGGACAACAAUAUACCCAAUUCCAUGUAUCCAAGCAAACCUGGAGAAGGGAAUCAUCUCGAUGAACAACAUAAAGAAAUUGUCAGAGAGAUGUGUAAUGUGGUGUGGAGAAAACUAGGAGACAACAGAGGCAACAGUGGAGGAAAACCACCACCUCAGAGUCGAGGGCUACAGCACAGGACAGCGAGUGUCAGUAACUUGUAGUUGGAGAAAUGGUGAUUGGGUAGACAAUACUAUCCUGGGAGUCGUCUAAAAAUGGGCACCAGCUUCAUGAAUCUUGGUGACUCAGAAAAGAUGUUAUUGAAGAUGAUAUUUUUCUUGCUGUUUCAAGUCUUAAUAUAUGAGACAAAUAUCUCACUAACUAAUCCCAAACUCGACAUGGACUGGUAAACGGACUAGAGGCUGUGGUUCGCCAUAUGAUCAAGCUGUGUAAUCGACUUUCCUUUCCUAAAUGUGAAAAUGUUAUCCUGUCAAGACACACAUUUCUUUAAAAGCGUUUCAGAUAGGAAUUCUAUUUACUUACCUAAUUGGAAAAUUGCUUCCAAUGCUCUCCUACCGAGCUAUAGGAUAAGAAAUUAUUUUAUACAGAAACCACUAAUAAAAUUCAGAGCUGGUUCCAGGGGCAUUGCCAGAAAUCUACCUGUUAAAUUUAUUUUCUAGGUUUUAGUGAAAAUUAGAACCUCACAUCCAAUCAAUAAAGAUUUGUUAUUGUCAAAACUUCUUCAGAUUUAGAGUUUAUGUUUUGAAAGUUUGUCAAACAACUG